AUGGAUGGUACAGAGGACCGAGGCAGAUCACCCAACUUGAACAUUAACAGAUGGUCGCACUCGACUUCUUCUAGUGUUGGCAUGAUCGACUCCGAAGUUUUGCGCCAAGUCGCCGGCAAUGCUGCUCCUGCUCGUUCGUUGCAGCCAGCCCUGCCCACGAAAGCUCCUCUGGUCUCCAAGUAUCAAUCCUCCCGACAGCCUAGCGAAUCAUCUAUGAUUGUACCCUCUCCCACUCGAAGCCCUGGUCGGUAUCUGAAAAGCAGUUCGAGGCAAGCAUCGAGUGACCAAAUCUCUAAUCUAGCCUCAACCCCCGAGGCCGAGGUCCUCCCCCACGGUCCCACUGCCAGUGGCUAUUUUGGGACAACUAUGGUUGAUCAUUCAAGAGGCGCAAACAAGUAUGGACAACCAGUAGAAGGAAUAGCUCUACAGCUUACCUCUGGUCCCUCGAGGCAAAGGAGAUUGGAUCAUAACAAAUUUGGAAAUGGGUUGUAUCAGACAACAAAUUCUAGCCACAUCAGUCUGCAGAAAAAGCCCAGUCAGGGCCGGAGGAGAGACCGAUCUCAGAAUAAUACGACGGACAUAGUUGCUGGAAAAUCUAGAAGGAGUAGCACUGGCAAAAGAGGUGACCAUCGAAGCCCUACGCAGAAGAACAUGCUUUCCCAAGCAUUAGCAAAAGCCAACCAGGCCGUAUUGCUGGACAACGCUCAAAAUAUUCAUGGUGCGAUCCAGGCGUACAACGAAGCUUGUGACGUUCUCGAACGGGUCAUGAUGCGAAGUAACGACCCUGACGAUUGCAAGAAACUCUCUGCGAUUCGCACGACUUACUCGACCAGGAUAGCAGAAUUGUAUGAUCUGGACGAUUCUUUUGACUACCUGAACACCGACAAAGAACUACCAGAAGCUCCGGUCACUACUCGCUAUCUGGAAGGACAAGACCGAGUAAGCUUUGAAGAUCCAGAAGACGAUGAGCCUCAAAGCGAACUCACAAACCACGACCCUCGGACAGUCGUGCAACUACCCCCACGGCAGGAGUCCCUGUUGCCGUCAAUAUAUGGAGGGGAAGAGUUCAUAGAACGGCAACCACUUCCAUUCGAAAGACGACCCUCUCCAUCGAACAAUUUGGCCGUACCCAUGGAUGCUCAAUACAUGCCUCCACCACUUUCACCAAGGCGGCCACUCUCUCCUGUCACCACAGACGAUCAAUCUACACCAAUUGCACCUGUGCAACCAAACUCAAUGUUAGAGUUACCAGGUCAACGUCUCAGCUCGGGCUCGAUUUCCUGGUUGGACACAGCAGGCGACGAGAACAACUCGUCUGUAGCGUCCUCACCGCGUUCGUCCAUGGAUGUUGCAGGCAGAGAUAACGAGUUGAUGUCGGCGAUUGAAGCAGAUCUCGAUGCCGCAGUAGAGGCAGCAUAUGGAGAUGAUUAUACCACAGAAGCUACACCUAGGCCUCCAGAGGCCGCAGAAAUGCCUCCGUUGGGGAACCAACCAUCUCCAGAAGUCGAACCAUUAAACCCAGAGUAUGAAUACCUUACCCGGGACUAUCUUGAUGCUGAAGCUCAAGAAGAGGAGGAGCUGUUGGAAAUGAUGAUGGCUGACGGUUAUACCAUGGAGGAUCAAUACCAUCAUCCUGGUGCAAUGUCAUCCUUACCACGACAGUCCGAUUCUAGUGGAUUUUCUGCUCGAUCGUCAGGAAGAACGUGGGAGAGUUCGGCCACUGCAGCCACACAAGGAACGGCCCUCAGCACACUGGCGGAAAGCCCAGAAAUUCCUCAGCAAGAAAGUUUUGACUUUUCGAAAGAAGACGAGACCACCCUGCCAGCACAGGAUGUCAGUGUACUGGCGCAGAAACAAGCCUCACCCCUUCCUCCUUUACCAGUCACUGACAAGCCUGCCACUUUACCAUUACGAGACCGACGCUUAUCUGGACAAAGUGCCAAGCAGCUCAAGAUAGAAACUUUUGCUCGCAGGCUCUCGAUCAGUCAGCAAGAACAACCGGCUCAAGCACUGUUGUUGGAGGUGCCAUCGGAAUCAAUUCAAUAUCCUGCGUUGAUUCGAAGUGCUUCGAAUACAAACAUGAGUGUUAGCACCAUGCCGAUAACUCCUUUAGCCUCAGUGCACUCGUCAGAUUCUACAACGGACUCGAUAGGAACUCCCGGACUGACCCAGCUGCUUUCGAGUUCGACUAAUGCGGAUGAUGUUGCAGAGUCGCAGCUUAUGGAUACGCACCCCGACCUCAACGAUCGUCCAAGUACGCCCGCAAGUGCUCUCUUUACUGCACACUCAAGAUCAGCCACCUCAAUCACGACUCCUGUGGUGCCUACUGUCAGUCCCAAUGCGCUUGCGAGCACAAGCGUUGGCGGCUCAUACAUAUUCGAUCAUAUCGCAGAGCCUAGGUCGCCGCAGAGUCCACAGUCUACGACGAGUGAUCGAAACGAACCACUGCCACUUGAGCCAUGUCCUGAAUCAUUUUUGCUUCGACCCUUUUGGCUGAUGAGAUGUCUGUACCAGACUCUUGCUCAUCCGAAAGGUGGGUUCUUGACGACGAAAUUGUUCGUACCGAGAGACAUCUGGCGUGUACGGAACGUCAAGAUCAAGGCCAUUGAUGAGAAGAUCGGACAUUGUGAUUUACUCACGGCUGCUCUGCUCAAGCUUGCUAAGGUGGAUACACUGGAUGCUGAUGCAGUUUUGGAAGAGCUUCAAUCGUUUGAUGCCAUCAUUGAUAACGUUCGACAAGCACUGGGAAAGAAGCUGGGCAACGAUGUUGGACUUUCGGGGUCAAUGAUGGCAAUGAAUAAGUCGCCCUUAGGCGAAGAGCACGAAACGACUGGACUCAAGACAGCUGCAUCGGUAAAGUCGAUAGCAUCUGGUUGGCGCAAACUGCGAUCGAAGUCAUCAGCUCCAGCACUUACACCCCAAAAUCUUGCAAGGAGGGACACAGCCAAUGACACGACACUAGCAAGUCUACCGAUGACGGGUCGCGCAAACGUGGCAACCUCGAGAAGCUACAAAGCACAGAAACUUCCACCACCAACACCAGUUGGCAUGCCGCACAUUCUACCUCAACAUGCGAGCUACAUGUCUUCGUUAGCUCGCUUGUUUGAUGCAGUUCAGGUACUGGAUAGCAUCGCGCGACAGGUCGAAGAUCCUGGUCUGAAGGCAACAAACAAGACUCAGGUUGGUCUAGAACUAAGCAUACGUGGUGCGGCUGAAUUUUUCAGCUUCUAUGUAAUAAGGUUCGCAAUGGCAGAUAUUGGUCUACUGGUGGACAAGUACCUGAAAAGGAACGGCGAAUGGAUAAUGUUAUAA